AUGUCCAAGAUGGACAAAAUAAUGUUACGCUUUCGCCCUAUCGCCCCCAAGCCCCUCCCCGCCGCCGCCGCCGCUCUUUCCGACGCUUCCUCGUCGGAAAGCACCGGCUCCGCCAAGCGGAAGGAUAACACCGCCAGCAAGCGGUGCAGUCGAGGGAUCCGCCGGAGGAGAAACGCGCCUCCUCCUCCUCCUCCGGCGGUGACUCUCCCGCUGCUGCCGGGAUCUCCAGGUCCGAAGAAAAUCACCUCAGAACUAAAGAACAAGAAUGUACCUGUGUUGCUGAGCUUCGAGAACAACUUCGAGAACCGCGGCGGUGCUGCUUCGGAGAAGCUGGAUCCUUGCUGGUACUCGCCGGCGACGGCGGCAGCGGGAUCGGUGGUGACGGUGGAGUGCGUGAUGGACACGUGGCAGCAGCAGGAUGAGGGAUUAGGGUUGGGGAGUGGAGACGAGGAACGGAAGGUGAAGCUGAAAGAGGACACGUGUCCGGGGUUUAUAUCGGAUGGUUACGGGAGGGUGACGUGGACAAAUGAGGCGUACAGGGAAACAGUAGGUGCUGGAGGAGUAUGGUUGGCAAUGAAAGUGGCCGUACCGUAUCCGUACAGAGGUUUCACGUGCAGGGUGAGGGUGCGGUACGCGUGCGGGAUAGAAAGAACGGUGCCAUGUGAUGUGUGGAGAAUGGACAGUGGUGGCUUUGCCUGGAGAUUAGACGUUAAAGCUGCUCUUAGCUUAAGCUUAGCUUUCUAA